UUGGAGAGAGAGAGAGAGAGUUGCAGCAGAACGCCCCCCGCAGGGAGAGAGAGUGUGACAUUGUUUUUGUCCCUUUUCGAUCUUUCUUCAUCUUCUUCAAAAAAGAGAGAAAGAGAGACAACAAAAGCGAGAAGAAAGGAGCCUUUUCGCCUUCUUCCUCCCUCUUCUGUUGAGUUUUUUUUGCCAUAAAAGCCAUCAUCUCACAUCAUCAGCUUUUUUUGGUUUUUGUGUCAACAUCUCCGUUGGAAUCGGGUGUUUGCGCGAGUUUCUUCAUGAACGAUCCUCCCGAUUCUAGUAGUGGCGAGGGCCUCUGAACCAGGAGAUCUUCGUGUUUCUUUGUUGAACAGCUGAUUCGGUCUCUCUCUAUCUUGCGUUGUGCUCACACUUUUUGAGAUAAUGGGGCGUCGCAGAAUAAGAUCAAGGAUUCGGAAAAGCCAUUUUUACACCUUUAGAUGCCUUAGGCCAAAAACCCUAGAAGAUCAAGAACCCCAUAGCAUUAAUGGACCUGGAUACACUAGAAUUGUUCACUGUAACCAGCCUCAUAUGCAUCUGGCUAAAGUCCUCAGAUACACCUCUAACUAUGUGUCCACCACUAGGUAUAACCUCAUCACCUUCUUGCCCAAAUGCUUGUAUGAGCAAUUCCACCGUGUUGCCAAUUUCUACUUCCUCGUUGCUGCAAUUCUCUCUGUCUUCCCUCUCUCCCCAUUCAACAAAUGGAGUAUGAUUGCACCUUUGAUUUUUGUGGUCGGGCUUAGUAUGGGUAAAGAGGCUUUGGAGGACUGGCGCCGGUUUAUGCAGGAUGUGAAGGUCAAUUCCAGGAAAGCCAUUGUUCAUAGAGGGGAUGGUGUUUUUGGUCGUAGGAAGUGGAACAAGAUCCGUGUUGGGGAUGUUGUCAAGGUGGAAAAGGAUCAAUUUUUCCCUGCUGAUUUGCUCUUAUUGUCAUCAAGUUACGAGGAUGGGAUCUGUUAUGUCGAGACCAUGAACUUAGAUGGCGAAACCAACCUCAAAGUUAAGAGAUGUUUGGAUGUUACCUUGCCUUUGGAACGGGAUGAUGCUUUCCACACUUUUUCUGGAACUAUCAAAUGUGAAGAUCCCAAUCCUAACCUGUAUACGUUUGUUGGAAAUCUUGAAUAUGACGGCCGGGUUUAUCCGCUCGAUCCUAACCAGAUUCUCUUGAGAGACUCAAAGCUCAGGAACACGGCUUAUGUCUAUGGGGUGGUGAUAUUUACUGGCCAUGACACAAAAGUCAUGCAGAAUUCAACAAAAUCCCCUUCAAAGAGAAGCAGAAUUGAAAAGAGAAUGGACUACAUCAUAUAUACUCUCUUUGCCCUCCUUGUGACCGUCUCCUUCAUCAGCUCACUGGGUUUCGCAGUGAUGACAAAGAUGCAUAUGGGAGAGUGGUGGUACUUACGACCAGAUAAGCCCGAGCGCUUAACUAAUCCAAGAAAUCCUUUUCACGCUUGGGUCGUCCAUCUGAUCACUGCUGUCUUGCUUUAUGGGUACUUGAUUCCCAUCUCAUUGUAUGUUUCCAUCGAGCUCGUAAAAGUUUUGCAGGCAACUUUCAUAAACCAAGACUUGCACAUGUAUGAUAGCGAGAGCGGGACUCCAGCUCAAGCACGCACAUCGAAUUUGAAUGAAGAGCUGGGACAAGUUGACACAAUCCUUUCCGAUAAAACAGGAACUUUGACAUGUAAUCAGAUGGAUUUUUUGAAAUGCUCCAUCGCGGGUUCUGCUUAUGGUGUUCGCGCCAGUGAAGUAGAACUAGCUGCAGCAAAGCAGAUGGCGAUAGAUCUCGACGAGGAGCAAGGUGAAGAAAUGAACGACCUUCCAAGGACUAGAGGAAGGAUGCAUGGAUAUGCCAAAAUGCCCAGCAAGAACUCAUCAGAUAUUGAGUUGGAGACUGUAAUCACUGCUACUGACGAAAUAGAUCAGACGCAGUCCACUGGUGUCAAGGGGUUUAGUUUUGAGGAUGAACGUCUCAUGAACGGAAACUGGUUAAAUGAACCCAAUCCAGAUGACAUUUUGAUGUUUCUGCGUAUACUUGCUGUUUGUCACACUGCUAUUCCCGAGGUGGAUGAAGAUACUGGAAAGUGUACUUAUGAAGCAGAGUCUCCUGAUGAAGUUGCUUUCCUUGUUGCCGCUGGGGAGUUUGGUUUUGAGUUUACUAAAAGAACUCAAUCAAGUGUGUUUAUCAGUGAACGACAUUUAGGCCAACCACUUGAAAGAGAAUACAAAGUUUUAAAUGUUUUGGACUUCACUAGCCAAAGAAAAAGAAUGUCUGUUAUCAUUCGUGAUGAAAAAGGGCAGAUUCUUCUACUCUGUAAAGGUGCUGACAGCAUAAUAUUCGACCGGUUAUCCAAGAAUGGAAAAAAAUAUCUGGAAGCCACUUCAAAGCAUUUGAAUGGAUAUGGUGAAGCUGGUUUACGCACAUUAGCGCUCAGUUAUAGAAAGCUGGAUGAGACUGAGUAUUCGAUUUGGAACAGUGAAUUUCACAAAGCCAAAACUUCAGUCGGAGCUGACAGAGAUGAAAUGCUCGAAAAGGUAUCCGAUAUGAUGGAGAAGGAAUUGAUUCUUGUCGGUGCUACUGCAGUGGAAGAUAAACUGCAGAAAGGGGUGCCUCAGUGCAUAGAUAAGCUUGCCCAAGCUGGUCUCAAGAUAUGGGUUUUGACAGGAGAUAAGAUGGAGACAGCAAUUAACAUAGGAUAUGCCUGCAGUUUGCUGCGACAGGGUAUGAAGCAGAUAUCCAUAGCACUAAGAAACGAAGAGGGAUCAUUCCAAGACCCAGAAGCGGCUGCGAGAGAGAGCAUUUUGAUGCAGAUCAUAAAUGCUUCACAGAUGAUCAAACUAGAGAAGGAUCCACAUGCAGCGUUUGCUUUGAUCAUUGAUGGAAAGACACUUACAUAUGCUUUGGAGGAUGAUAUUAAGUAUCAGUUUCUUGCCCUGGCUGUUGAUUGUGCUUCAGUGAUAUGCUGUCGUGUCUCUCCCAAACAGAAGGCACUGGUAACAAGACUAGCAAAAGAAGGAACAGGAAAGACAACCUUGGCAAUCGGUGAUGGUGCAAAUGAUGUUGGAAUGAUUCAAGAAGCUGAUAUAGGUGUAGGCAUCAGUGGUGUGGAAGGCAUGCAGGCUGUAAUGGCAAGCGAUUUCUCCAUAGCCCAGUUUCGGUUUUUAGAGAGACUACUUGUUGUCCACGGGCACUGGUGCUACAAAAGAAUAGCCCAGAUGAUCUGUUACUUCUUUUACAAGAACAUAACAUUUGGUCUGACUCUCUUCUACUUUGAGGCUUUCACUGGGUUUUCUGGUCAAGCCAUAUACAAUGACUACUACUUGUUGAUGUUCAACGUUAUCCUCACUUCUCUCCCCGUUACCUCCAAAAAUUUCAGGCAACAUGUUCCACAUGCUCUCGGAAACCCUAGCACCAGCACCAAUCUACUGGCUAACCUCACUGCUGGUCAUAGCCGCAACAACACUUCCUUACUUGGCUCACAUUUCGUUCCAGAGAUCGUUGAACCCUUUGGACCAUCACAUCAUUCAAGAGAUCAAGUAGAUAUGGAAACUGAUUUUGUUCAUUCAUUAUCUGUCUCAUUCAAGAAUCAAGACUAUACAAUCUUGAUAUAA